ACAGGAUUGCCGAAACAAUUUAGAUUUGCCCGGGUCCCUGACUGGGAGUUGUCACCAGUCUGGGUGGGUCAAGGGAGAAAAAGAAGUGGUCGCGUCGGGGUUGUUUAACUUUUUUCCCCUUCUUAGUUUUCGUUUCCGAGACGGUUCCCGGUGGUGAUAACGAGUUAAUCGCCGAAGAUGCGGCUAAGGUCGCGCCAGUUGUUCAAAACCCAAGCGGGUGAAAAUGUCCGCCCACUUUCCUUGUCAGGGCAUGUUGGAUUUGACAGUUUACCAGAUCAACUAGUAAAUAAAUCUACCUCCCAGGGAUUUUGCUUUAAUAUUCUUUGCGUUGGAGAAACCGGCAUUGGAAAGUCCACCCUUAUGGACACCUUGUUUAACACCAGUUUUGAGAAUAGCCAAUCAACACAUUACGAAAAUAGAGUAAAACUGAAGGCUCAGACCUAUGAGCUACAAGAGAGUACUGCUCGCUUAAAGCUAACCAUUGUAAAUUCAGUGGGCUUUGGAGACCAGAUUAAUAAGGAAGAUAGCUAUAAACCUAUCAUUGACUACAUUGAUGCACAGUUUGAGGCCUAUCUGCAAGAAGAGUUGAAGAUUAAACGUUCAUUGCACAAUUAUCAUGAUUCCCGUAUCCAUGUCUGUCUGUACUUCAUUUCCCCCACUGGCCAUUCUCUUAAGUCACUAGAUUUAGUGACAAUGAAAAAGCUGGAUAGCAAGGAUCAGAAGUGGGGACAUGCAGUCAUCAGUGAACAAUGUUCAGCAUCAUUUGCAGUUCCUGGGAUACUGAAGUAGUCCAUGUCCAAUUGCAGUAUGACCUGAAUAAAAUCCAGGUAGCAACUGACAGUUGGCAAAGAACAUUGGCGUCACAUAAUUUCCAGGUAGUGAUCAUCUCCAGCAAGAG